AUGUGCGCUUUUCGUUGUUUGGCAAGUCUUCUUUCGCUACUUGUGGUGAAGGCCGCCCGCCCGCGCCUUGAACUUGUGAGUCAGGAGGCCUUUGUGGCCGAGCUAGAGAGCGACCAGAGCAACUUUUGGAAAGAUCCGUGCGCCGAGUUGGGUGCCAAAAGAAAGCGGAAGCUUUCAAGAAUCUUCAAGAAAGACACCUUGUGCCAAUGCCAAGAGGGUUUGUUCACAAAUGCCCACUGUGAGAAAUCUUUGGUGGACGAGUUUAUCUUGACAGAGACUCCCUCCAAGUGCCGGAUGUGA